AUGAGCAACACUGAAGCAGAGAAGACCGCCGUUCGCUUGGUUAAUCUAUUUCAUGAAUAUACUGGAAAAGAUGACAGGAUUACCAAGGAAAACCUAUUGAAGAUGAUGAAAGAGAACUUCCCCAACUUCCUCAGUGCCUGUGAUAAAAGGGGCAAAAACUAUUUGUCUAAUGUCUUUGAGAAACACGACAAGAAUCGAGAUAAUGAGAUUGAUUUCUCUGAGUUUCUUGCCACAUUGGGAGACAUAGCCAAUGACUACCAUGAACACAGCCAUGGUGCACCACUUUGUUCCGGAGAAAACCAGUGA